ACGCUAUGUCAUGAAGCAAGGUGCUAAUUGUUUAGAGAGCUGAUUUUCACGUCACUGUAAAUCAGUUAGACACCGUCUCUCUACUUCGUCUGUAUUUGAAGGAAGGCGAAGAAACGUAUCGCGUACCUUCGUUCUUUAUCAACAGUCUACAGGUAUUUCAGAUGUCAUGGAUCCAUUAGCACGCAUAUCUCACACCAGCGUCGAUAUGCAGCCGAAACACGAGCAUCUCUUGUAUGAAUUGGAAACAACGGAUACUAGUAGUGUCGGACUGGUAAUAAGGGCAAUUUAUGACGGAGAUGAACAUCAGAAAUUUAUGGAGCGCCUUGACGCUCGCAUCAAGAAUCAUGACAAAGACAUAGAACGAAUGUGUAACUACCAUUACCAGGGUUUCAUUGAUUCAAUUCGUGAAUUGUUACAAGUACGGUCACAAGCAAAGAAGCUACAUAGUGAAGUUGAGCAAUUGGACAAAGACCUCCAAGAAUCAGCAAAGAAUAUAGUUGAGAAAGGAGAAGAACUAGUGAAAGCUAGGAAAGUUGAAAGUAACAUUGCAGCAGCCAUAGAAAAUCUCUCUCUGUGCCUGCCUGUUUUAACUGCAUAUUCAGAACUCCAAAAGAAAAUGAAGGAGAAGAGAUAUUACCCUGCAUUAAAAACGCUGGAGCAGUUAGAGCAUCUUUAUCUUCCCCAAGUGGCUAACUAUCGUUUCUCUCACCAGAUGCGUGAAAAUAUACCUGUGUUGAGGGAGAAUAUCAAGGAAGCGUCCAUGUCAGACCUGAAAGACUUUCUGGAGAACAUCAGAAAGUUUUCUCCAAAGAUAGGAGAAGUGGCAAUGAAGCAUACAGCUGAACAAAUGGGCAGUGAUCCAGGCAUUGUGGGAAGGAAGAAACGCAAAGCACCAGCACCUCCAAAUCCCUUCACAGGUGAAGUAGAUUAUGAACCACCAGCAGAAAGCAGUUAUGAUGCAGAAGAGGACCUCAGUGCACAGGACCUUAUAGAUUUCUCACCUGUGUAUCGCUGCCUGCAUAUCUACACAGUCUUAGGAUCACGUGAUACCUUUGAGACAUACUAUCGUAAACAGCGGAAGAAGCAAGCACGACUUGUUCUUCAGCCUCCAACUAACAUGCAUGAAACACUUGCCGGAUAUCGGGCAUACAUCCAUGGAAUUGUUGGAUUCUUCGUUGUAGAGGAUCAUGUUUUGAACACAGGGAAUGGUCUUGUGAAUCGAACGUACCUGGAUGAGGUUUGGAAUAUGGCUCGAUCAAAGAUAAUCAAUACUCUGAAAACUCAUUCAGCCUACUGCACUGAUGCUGCUCUGAUGCUGAAAAUAAAGAACCUGAUUAUGCUUUUCAGCACCACUCUGAGGAAUUAUGGAUAUUCUGUGAAUCAGUUGUUUGAUCUAUUACAUGAAAUUAGAGAUCACUACAAUGAAGUUUUAAUGCAGCGUUGGGUUCAAGUUUUCAGAGAAAUUCUCGAUGAAGAAAGUUUCCUGCCUAUUAAGGUGACAUCUCAGGAAGAAUAUGACAGUGUCACAGAUUCAUUUCCAUUUUAUGAUCAAAACCUUCAACAAGCAGAUUUUCCUAAAAGGUUUCCGUUCUCAUCCAUGGUACCUAAGGUAUAUCAGCAAGUGAAAGAAUUUAUCUAUGCAUGUCUGAAGUUUUCAGAAGAUCUCAAUUUGAGCCAGGCAGAAGUGAAUGAUAUGAUCCGGAAAUCAACAAACCUCCUCCUCACACGGUCAUUCAGUGGCUGCUUAUCAUCACUCUUCCGGAAACCAAGUCUUGCCCUUCUCCAGGUGAUUCAGAUAAUUAUUGAUACAGGCUAUCUUGAAGAGGCAACUGUUUAUUUGGAGGAAUUUGUCUCUAAUAUUACAGGAUGUGGAAAAGAAGCACAUCUUAGUACUCGCGCUUCUCAAGGCACACAAGGGCAGGCAACUAUGUUCCGUGUUGCACGUGAUGAUGCCGAACGACAGAUAUGUGAAAAACUGAAGCAGAAGCUGGAUGAAUUUCUGGAGCUGGAGAAUUAUGAUUGGAUGUUAGUGGAGCCCCGUGGUCAUGCUUCUAGCUUCAUCACUGAUCUGAUUGCCUUUCUAAACAGUAUUUUCCAAUCCUUCACUAAUCUGCCUCCAGAAGUGGCACAAGUGGCUUGCAAAUCUGCGUGCGAGCACAUAGCAAAAUCCAUUAUGGCUUUUAUGCUGAGUGAUGAUGUCAAGCAGAUAUCAAUGGGUGCACUGCAACAAAUAAACUUGGAUACAAUACAGUGUGAACAAUUUGCAGCAUCAGAACCUGUUCCUGGUCUGGAAGAGGGUGCUCUGCUGCAGUACUUUGGAGAUUUACGGCAACUUCUUGAUCUCUUUAUGUCAUGGGAUUGGCCUACAUACUUUCAUGACUACGGUCAAGAGAACAGCAAAUAUCAACGCGUCAGUCCAAACACAGCAGUACUUUUGCUUGAGAAGUUGCGCGAGGCAGACAAGAAGAAUGUAUUUUCUGUCCUGAAAAAAAGUGAACGGGACAAGAAGAAACUUUUGGAAACUGUCCUGCGUCAACUGAGGCAGUUGGCACAAACAACAGCCACAGCAACAGUGACUGGUGUAGCAGCCUCUCCCACAAUGGCAACAUCAGCAGCUGCUGCUGCCUCUUCACCAGCUCCCCCAGUUCUAACAUGAGCUGAGGAAAAGAGCCAUAUGAGUCUGGUUAUGUUUGUAUUAUUCAAGCAACAGAAAUGGCAUUGAAAGGAUUUUAUGUGAGUUCUGCAUAUUUGUGCUGCUACUUCAGGGUAUAUGUUGAUAUUUAAAGUAUAUAUAGACCACCGCCUCUGCUGCUGUAGCUGGGGUGGUGAUUUACAUAUAUUUUAAACAUAUUGAGUGUGAACAAAGUUGCUUCUCUGGAUAAAGGAUCCAGGUGGAGUUUCAGUUCCUUUCGAGAACUGAGUGUGCCAGAUUUGUAAGGAAUGUGGUAACAUUUUCCUGAUAAAUAGACUUCCUGUGUGUUGUAAUUUUUAUUACUUUUGUUGUUGCACUGACUCCCUUCUACUGAGAUCAUUGCGAUAACUUUUGUGCUUGUAGAAAAUAAACCCUUACCAGUUACAAUAAAGCUUCUAUAGCCACUAAGACCCCUCCGAUGUGAACAGUGAGUAAAUUAGGAGAGCUGUAUUGUGACUGUGUGUCCUCAUAAAUGGGUCUACCUUGCAAUUAUUCUUUAGAGUUUAUAUAAGCCUUUCUGGUUGCUGGUGACAUACUCCACAAUAAUGGUGCAAUGCAUUGCUUGAAGCAGUGCCUCUGGAAGCAUGGAGAGGAGUCUUAAGGGCAGAAAUAUUUUGAAACUGAAGCAGAGAUAUGAAUUAUAUUUAAGAAACUACUUCAGUAUUGCUAAAUAUGAACAUAGGCUAACAACUUGCAGUAGAUAAGACAAUGCAUCCUAUGAUUAUUUUAAAAGAAAACGAAAGUUAAAUGAAAAAAAGGAAAACAAUUUGAGGAACUGGGAAAAAAACAUAACACACUGUGUAUCCACUUUUCUGUAGCCCUAAAUAUGCUUAAGAGACAUUUCACGUGAGUCAGUUUCCAAAAUAUUAAUUCUGGGAGGGAAAAACCCAAUUGGUAAGGUAGACAACAAGCAAAUCCAAUUUGUUACUUGCUGAAUGUGCUGGAUAGCAGCUUGCCACUGUACUAUAGUUCAUCCUUAUAUAAAAGAAUAUUCAUUGUCAUGUCAAGAUCAGGGCUAAUAUCAAAGAUAUGUAAGAACGUAUACCCUGCAAUUGUUUCCAGACCACAACUUUCAGUCUCCUGUCAUUGUAACCAACGUUUAGAACAAAUAUUCAUUUGACAUUUGCAGGAAACACUGUUAAAAUUGGUUGUCAGGAAAUGCCAUCAGUUUACUGUUAGUGUAGAUUCUGUAGAUUAGACAGAACAAAACUGUUUGUUUUCUAGGACAGACACAUGAACUUGCUACUUAAUUCUUUGAAGGGAGUUUCAUGUUAGCCCUUGUCAUUAACUUUAAUUUUUGUGACAUUAAUCAGUUAAAUACUGUCAUCACAAGUGUUCUAUUAUUUUAGUCUCAUCUGUUAAAGAUGUUAAUGAAAUUCAAACCCUCUAGGCUGAUUUUGGUUUUCCAUGGUGCUGUACAUAUUGUUUCUCUCUUUUGUGAAGUGUGGCACAUUUGUAUGUGCUUUUCCAUUUCAGUUCCAGAACACAGCAUAAAAAUGUGAAACCCAUUGUGUUGUACUAUUUUAUGUUGACAUUCACGUUAUUGCUUUGGUUUUUGUAACAGGUUAAUUUUUUUUUCAACUAUUAUAUUUGAAACCACAGGAUUUG